UUUGGCGGCUGCGCAUUGAGUUGUGGCCUGAAGCCCCUGGGUUAGCUUGUACUGGGAGGAGAAGGAAUAAACCAUGUCUUCUGCUGUGAUUGCCAAGCCUGUGAUGCAAGGCCUAUUGGCCAAACGUCUACGAUUUCACUUGGCUGUGGCUUUUACUUUAGCUUUUGCAGCAGCUGGUACCUUCAAGUUUGUAGUAGGUGAUUCCAGGAAAAAAGCAUAUGCUGACUUCUAUAAGAAGUAUGAUUCAAUGAAGGCUUUUGAGGCCAUGAGGGAUGCUGGUAUAUUUGAAAGUGUGAAACCAAAGAAGUAGAGUCUUUCAAAGGAACCUUGGAAUGAAUGACAAGAUUGCUCCACUGACUUACACUGGGGAACUGGAGGUGUAUGCUUUGUGCAUUCUAUACCUGAUUUAUAAAUAAAAUAUUGAAUUCUCUGAAAAAAA